AUGGCCGAUGAUAUGAGUUGGGGUGAUUUGGGCGCGAAUUGGCCCAAUACACGUGAUACUCCAUUUCUUGAUUAUUUAGCGUCCAUUAGUAUCCGUUUGCCAGAUUAUCAUAGUGGAGCUUCCGUUUGCAGCGUUAGUCGAGCAGCUCUAUUAACUGGACGAUUAACUCCACGUACGGGUGUUUGGAGGAAUUUUGCUUCAACUGCCCUAGGAGGACUACCAGUUAAUGAAACAAUCAUUUCAGAACUUUUAAAAAGUGUUGGUUAUACAACGGCUAUUCAUGGUAAAUGGCAUCUUGGACAUCAACCUUCAUUUCAUCCAUCAUACCGUGGAUUUGAUGAGUAUAUUGGUAUUCCAUAUAGUAUUGAUAUGGGUUGUACAGAUAAUCCUGGAGCUAAUUAUCCACCCGUACAAGUUUGUCCUAAAGAUCCGCCACUUUAUUUCGAACAAAAACAUGAACAUCCAGAUGAUCUUAGAAAAGUUAUUGAAGCUGAUUUAACAGUCGGUAUACCAUUGUAUCAAUGUCUUACACCUCGAUGUCCUAAUGAUAAUUGUAAUAAAGAAAUUAUUGAGCAACCAGUUAAUCUUUCAACGUUAACACAAUCAUAUAUUGAUAAUGAUCGACGAUUUAUUCAACGUAGUGUAGAAGCAAAACAACCAUUCUUUCUAUAUUUACCCUUAUCACACAUGCAUGUACCACAUGAUUAUGCACAAAAGUUCAAAAAUUCGAGUAUUUUACCAAGUAUUUAUGGUGAUACACUACGAGAACUUGAUUAUCAUGUCAAUCAAACGUAUCAACUAUUAAAAGAUUUAGAUAUUUUAAAUCAAACACUAUUGAUCUUUACUAGUGAUAACGGACCAUGGUCAUCAAAAUGUGACUUAGCAGGAAGUUCAGGACCAUUUGUAGGUGCUUGGCAAGCGUUACCAACACCUUAUGGAGGUGGAGGAGGAGGCACAGCAAAAUUCACAACAUGGGAAGCAGGACAUCGUGUUCCAUUCAUUGCACAUUGGCCAGGCAUGAUAAAACCCGAUACAGUCUCAAAUGCUCUUGGAUCACAUUUGGAUAUAAUGCCAACGAUUGCUAAUCUUGCUAACUUUACUUUACCGUCAAAUCGAAGUUUUGAUGGAAUUGAUCUGGGAUCAGUGCUUUUUGAUGGUUCCGAUCAAGGUCAUGAAGAACUAUUUCAUCCAGAUAUGUUUGGCUUACUGUCAGCAGUUCGUUAUAAUCAGUAUAAAGCUUAUUAUAUGACCUAUUCUGCGAUUGAUGGAGCAUGUGGUGGUAAAGAAGGCUUAAUCAUUCCACAUAAACCACCUCUAGUUUUUGAUCUUAGUCGUGAUUUAGGUGAAUCUACUCCAAUAUCGGUUUCACAAUCAGUGUACGAUGCAAUCGAUCAAGUAUUACAAGCAAAAUUAAAAGAUAUUGCCUCGACACCACACACACAAGUUGAUUAUCGGAUUGGAGGAUUAGAUGCACGUGCUUGUUGUGAUGCAGGACAUAUUGUUUGUCGUUGUACAGACUACUUGUUAUGA